AUGGAAGAAACACAAAAAGGAACGCGCAUAGGGCCGCUGCCUGGGGGUCGCCGGGGCGCGUCUGGAGCUGGCGCUGGACGCGGCAGCAUGCGGGCCGCCAGCCGAGCGCGAGGAGCUGCACGAUCACCUAGCAGCCCCUCGCAUCCAUCAUCCCCACCAGAAGGCUUGGUGUCGGCUGGGUCUUCUCGGACCCAGCAAGCGGCACCCGCCGCUGGUGGAGCACGUCGCAUGCGUUGGACAAAAUCCAUGAACGAAAACGCAUUGCGGGCGUACUAUAGGGCGAAAGGGGAAGAAACUGUGGGAAUAGCGUAUAGGUCUCGGAUGCAUUGCUUUUUUGCUGAGCUGGAGCCGUCUAUCCCCGUCACGGAACAAAACCUGGCAGACCGAGUUCGGUACAUCAUGCGCUCGAAAAUAUUUGAUGAUGCCGAACUCGAACGACUACGACGUGAGGCUAUUCCGUCGUCGAAUGAAUCGGCUAUGGCUGGAGAUGCAGCUCCACAUUCGACAGACCAGCAUCCACACGUGGAAGCCGCCAUGGAUCUUCCAGUUGUGGUUGAUUCGAACGACGAUGAAAUAGUCUCCCACGAACUAGAGCAAAUGAGGAGUAUAUUGGAAGAGGCGAUUUUGGAAACGCGCAGCACCCCUCUCGAAAAUCGACCGCGACUUCCCCGCAUACCCUUAAGCAAGCGAAAUCGGGCUGUCGUGAGGGCUCUUAACCCAAUGCUGGUGACCUAUUUGGAAGCCAGCCGGGACCUUUGCGAGACGGACUCGAUUCUCUUUGGCGCCGCAGUGGCAGUUUGCCGUAUUAUUGGCGCCAAACUUCCCAUGGCUGGACGCGCUACUACACAAAGUAACGCCAUCCCAGCCUGGAGGAAAAGAAUCGAGGACCGUAUCGCAAAGGCAAGGGCCCUUAUCGGCAGACUGACAAGCUUCAGGUCGGGUAAUAAUAGACCGAGGAUUAUGCGCACCGUUAGGAUGGCGUUUGCUGGGACAAAUAUCAGUUUGUCCCAGCCGGAUAUCACGCAGAAACUAACGGAGCGCAUAGACGACCUGAAGCAAAAGAUCGCUGCUUGGGGGAAGCGGAUUCGACGAUUUUCCGAGGGGUCAAGGCGGUUCAACCAGAAUCGUCUCUUCCAGAGUGAUCAGAAGAGGCUCUAUAAAUUAUUGGAGCGACCAAAGGUAUGUGGAGCGGGCCAAGGACCGGAUCAGGCUGACAUUAUCGCAUUCUGGCGUGGCCUGUGGUCAGAGCCCGUAAACCACAGUGAGGGCCCUUGGAUGGAAGUUGUGGCGAGCCAGGGUGCGAGUGUUACGCCUAUGGACCCCAUCACCAUAACGCCAGAAGACGUGGCUGAGGCGGUCCGUAGGGCCCCGAACUGGAAAAGUCCGGGGCUCAACGGGCUGCAUCAUUACUGGCUGAAGGGGUUCGUAGUGUGUCACGCUGUGCUCGCCCGACAGUUUCAAGAGGCUCUCGACCAGAAGUCACUCCCGAGCCUCUUCACUACUGGGAUCACUCACUUGGUUCCUAAAGAUCAGGAUACCACAGACCCGAGCAAAUACCGCCCCAUCACGUGGCCGCUGCCUGGGGGUCGCCGGGGCGCGUCUGGAGCUGGCGCUGGACGCGGCAGCAUGCGGGCCGCCAGCCGAGCGCGAGGAGCUGCAAGAUCACCUAGCAGCCCCCCGCAUCCAUCAUCCCCACCAGACGGCUUGAUGUCGGCAGGGUCCUCUCGGACUCGGCAAGCGGCAUCCGCCGCUGGUGGAGUGCGCCGCAUGCGUUGGACAAGAGAUAUGAACGCAAACGCAUUGCGGGCGUACUAUAGGGCGAAAGGGGAAGAAACUAAGGGGAUAGCGUAUCGGGCUCGGAUGCAUUGCUUUUUUGCUGAGCUGGAGCCGUCUAUUCCCGUCACGGAACAAAACCUGGCAGACCGAGUUCGGUACAUCAUGCGCUCGAAAAUAUUUGAUGAUGCCGAGCUCGAACGACUACGGCGUGAGGCCAUUCCCUCAUCGAAUGAAUUGGCUACGGCUGGGGAUGCGGCUCCUCAGGCGACAGACCAGCUGCCACGCGUAGAAGCUGCCAUGGAUCUUCCAGUUGUGGUUGAUUCCGACGAUGAUGAAAUGGUCUCCCACGAACUAGAGCAAAUGAGGAGUAUACUGGAAGAGGCGAUUUUGGAAACGCGCACCAUGCCUCUCGAAAAUCGACCGCGACUUCCUCGCAUACCCCUAAGCAAGCGAAAUCGGGCUGUCGUGAGGGCUCUUAACCCUAUGCUGGUAACCUAUUUGGAAGCCAGCCGGGACCUUUGCGAGACGGACUCAGUUCUUUUUGGCGCCGCAGUGGCAGCUUGCCGUAUUAUUGGCGCCAAACUUCCCCUGGCUGGACGCGCUACUAAACAAAGUAGCGCCAUCCCAGCCUGGAGAAAAAGAAUUGAGGACCGUAUCGCAAAGGCAAGGGCCCUUAUCGGCAGACUGAUAAGCUUCAGGUCGGGUAAUAAUAGACCGAGGGUUGUGCGCUCCGUUAGAAUGGCGUUUGCUGGGACAAAAAUCAGUUUGUCCCAGCCGGAUAUCACGCAGAAACUAACGGAGCGCAUAGACGACCUGAAGCAAAAGAUUGCUGCUUGGGGGAAGCGGAUUCGCCGAUUUACCGAGAGGUCAAGGCGGUUCAACCAGAAUCGUCUCUUCCAGAGUGAUCAGAAGAGGCUCUACAAAUCAUUGGAGCGACCAGAGGUAUGUGGAGCGGGCCCAGGACCGGAUCAGGCUAACACUGUCGCAUUUUGGCGUGGCCUGUGGUCAGAGCCCGUAAACCACAGCGAGGGCUCUUGGACGGAAGUUGUGGCGAGUCAGUGUGCGAGUAUUACGCCCAUGGACCCCGUCAUCAUAACGCCGGAUGACGUAGCUGAGGCGGUCCGUAGAGCCCCGAACUGGAAAAGUCCGGGACUCGACGGACUGCAUCACUACUGGCUGAAGGGGUUCAUGGUGUGUUACGCUGUGCUCGCCCGUCAGUUUCAAGAGGCUCUCGACCAGAAGUCGCUCCCUAGCCUCUUCACUACUGGGAUCACUCAUUUGGUUCCUAAAGACCAGAUGAGAAAACUAUAUAGAUACCCCACACAUAAUAAUAAUAAUAGGUCACCUAGCAGCCCUCCGCAUCCAUCAUCCCCACCAGAAGGCUUGGUGUCGGCUGGGUCUUCUCGGACUCAGCAAGCGGCACCCGCCGCUGGUGGAGCACGUCGCAUGCGUUGGUCACAAGAAAUGAAUGCAAACGCACUGCGGGCGUACUUUAGGGCAAAAGGGGAAGAAACUGGAUGUUUGGCGUAUCGGGCUAGGAUGCAUCGUCUUUUUGCUGAGCUGGAGCCAUCUUUAAUCGUCACAGAGCAAAACCUGGCAGACCGAGUUCGGUAUAUCUUGCGCUCAAAUAUAUUUGAUGUCGCCGAACUCGAACGGCUACGACGUGAGGCUGUUCCCUCGUCGGAUGAGAAUGCUACGGCUGAGGAUGCGGCGCCAUUCCCACAAAUGGUAGAGCAACCCGCAAACGUGGAUGCCGCCGUGAAUACCCCAGUUGUGGUUGAUUCAAACGAUGAUGGAACAGUCGCCCAGGAACUGGAAUUAGAGCAUAUGAGCAGUACAUUGGAAGAGGCGAUUGUGGAAACGCGCAGUACGCCUCUCGAAAAUCGACCGCGACUUCCCCGCAUAGCCCUAAGCAAGCGGAAUCGGGCUGUCGUGAGGGCUCUGAACCCAAUGCUGGUGACCUAUUUGGAAGCCAGCCGGGACCUUUGCGAGACGGACUCAAUUCUUUUUGGCGCCGCGCUGGCAGUCUGCCGUAUCAUAGGCGCCAAGGUUUCCACGGCUGGACGCGCUACUGGCCAUAGUAGCGCUAUCCCAGCAUGGAGAAGAAGAAUUGAGGAACGUAUCGCAAAGGCUAGAGCUCUCAUCGGCAGACUGAUAUGCUUCAGAUCAGGCAACAACAGGCCAAGAAUUGUGCGCACCGUCAGGAUGGCGUUUGCUGGGACAAAUGUCAGUUUGUCCCAGCCGGAUAUAACGCAAAAACUGACGGAGCGCAUAGAUGAUCUGAAGCAGAGAAUCGCUGCUUGGGGAAAGCGGAUUCGGCGAUAUACCGAGAGGUCGACACGGUUCAACCAGAAUCGUCUCUUCCAGAGUGAUCAGAAGAGGCUCUAUGAAUCAUUGGAGCGACCAAUGGUAAGUGGAACGGGUCCAGCACCGAAUCAGGCCGACACUGUAGCAUUCUGGCGCGGCCUGUGGUCAGAGCCCGUAAACCACAGCGAGGGCCCUUGGACGGAAGUUGUGGCGAGUCAGUGUGCGGGUAUUACGCCCAUGGACCCCGUCAUCAUAACGCCGGAUGACGUAGCUGAGGCGGUCCGUAGGGCCCCGAACUGGAAAAGUCCGGGGCUUGACGGGCUGCAUCACUACUGGCUGAAGGGGUUCAUGGUGUGUCACUCUGUGCUCGCCCGACAGUUUCAAGAGGCUCUCAACCAGAAGUCGCUCCCAAGCCUCUUCACUACUGGGAUCACUCAUUUGGUUCCUAAAGACCAGGGAACGAGCACUUACCCAUCGUCUAAUAUAGGAACCUACACCUCCACCCCUAGUUCUUGA